AUGAAGUUCAUCACCCUCGCCUUCUUCCUCGCCUUCAUCAUGGCUGUCCACACCUUCAAUCUCAAGGAAUCCUCCGACCAUAUGGAAUCUCUCGAGGAGCAGCUGGAGGAGAACCAGGACAAGCAAGCUCAACUCUACGCCAAGAUGUUCCAGGACAUCCAUGAACUUCAGAAGUAUGCCAAGAAGGUUCGCGCUCGUAGAGGAUCGUGUGGCUUCAAGCUCCUGGAGAAGAUCGCCGAAGUCUGUGGUGAUAUCUCAUCUGGAUCGGAAGUGGACUUGGCUACCAUUUGUUGCUCGAAGCAGUGCCCAGACAGCUUCAUUCAAGCUUCGGCGUGCCCAGACAAGAAGGCAUAG